AUGGGAUCAGUGCCAGCAGCCGACGUCAUUCUCAAAGAUGCCCCAGCUGUAUCAGGCCCAGAUGCCUCCAAUUCCGACAGUGUGGUCCCAAAGUUAGAGCAUGGCCAUGAUCUCUAUGAUAGUCCAUCCGACUCAUCGCCAGAGCCACAGGCCAGCGCCAGUACGGAAGCCGCGUUGGACAAAACCUCGCAGGAUCCUCCGCCUCCAGUGAAGCGCAAAGGUGGAAGAAAGCCGAUCUACGCUACUUCGGAGGAGCGCAAGCAGCGGAAUCGACAGGCCCAAGCUGCUUUCAGAGAGCGCCGCACCGAGUAUAUUAAGCAAUUGGAAACCACGAUCCAACACCAUGAGGAGCAACUCCAGAACCUCCAGCAGAGCCACCGCCAGGCAGCCGAUGAAUGUUUGAUGCUCAGGUAUAAGAAUUCACUGCUCGAACGAAUUCUGCUCGAGAAAGGCAUCGACGUCCAAUCCGAGCUUGCUUUGAAGGGAAGUCCUCAUCUCCGGCCAACACGUCCCCCCAUGGCCAGUCAGGCGUCACCCAUGCAGAAAGCCAUGCUUAAUCGGCAGCAAGGGAGGCAAAGACCUAUUCUUGCGCCUCCCCUACAGACUGUAAAUCAAUCUUCCCACGCUGGUGGGCACCGCAACUUUGGAGGCUCACCUACAGUACAGCCGACACCUCCCUCGCAGCACUCUUCACCCUCUACAAGUAAAUCCCCCGCAUUCGCCAUUCAAGGCGGCAUUGCUUCGCCCAACUCCGACUUCCAAUCCCAGCAACCCCAGCAACCUCAUCAGGCUCGCCUUAUGCCUGGGUCCCGUCAUCAGCAAUACACCGGACAACAUCAACCACACAUGCGCAAUAUCUCCGCUUCAUCUGCAUCACAACAGCCUCACAGCGGCCGACAGCCCCCAAAUACUUCGGCAGGAAGUUACUAUCCGCACUUUCAGAAACAUUAUGACCAACUCGGCAAGUUUACCCACAACCUCCCUUUCCUGACCUGCUCGUGGAGCUUUGAGUACGAUGCUCAAGGUGGUAUGCUAGAUGAAGUGGAUGGCGACGACAUUGACACGGACAACUUCAUUCCCAACUUUCGCUUGCCGACCACCACUGCUGCACCUAGCGGGCUGCAAGCAUCCCCUCCAAUGACAACAGUGUCUGGAAGCGACGUUUCCGGACCAGGUGCGGGCGUCCACGCCAUCGACCCAUAUGACCCUAUGCUUGAUGCAGAUCCUUUUGGUUUGACCGCCAGCAUGCACUUUCCGAAUCCUUUCAAUUUCCAGCCUCAUCAACAGAGGCGAUGA